GGGAGCUCAAUGCGGCUGUCUGGAGACCCUGCACCGGCGACCAUGAGCAGCACCGGCGGCGGCUCCGGAAACUUUCUGCUGGUCCCCAUCCCGGAGUAUCCCCCGCUGGACUGCGUGCCCAACAAGACCGUGAAGAUCGUGGUGCUCGGGGCGAGCAACGUCGGCAAAACCGCUCUGAUCGUCAGGUUUCUGACCAAGAGGUUCAUCGGGGACUAUGAAGCAAACACAGGAGCGCUCUACUCCAGAAAGGUCACACUGGAUGGAGAGGAAGUGUCGCUUCAGAUCCAGGAUACUCCCUGUGUCGCUCUCCAGGACGACGCUGACGGCCUGUACUGCCAGGAGCAGAUCAACAGGUCGAUCUACUGGGCGGACGGCUACGUGCUGGUUUUCUCCAUCACGGACCACAGCAGCUACCGCACCAUCCAGCCGCUGUACCAGCACGUCCGACGCAUCCACCCCUCUGGGAACAUACCGGUCAUACUGGUCGGAAACAAGAGCGACCUGCUGAGAGCCAGACAGGUGCCGGCAGACGAAGGCGAGACGUUAGCAGCUUCGCUGGGGGGAGUUUACUUCGAGGCCUCGGCCCGGGAGAACCACGAGGGAGUCCACGCCACCUUCCUCCACCUCUGUCAGGAGGUGAUCCGGGCGCUGGGAGGAGCCAACGGGGAGAAGCGAAGAGGAGGCCUCCACCUGGCCCGACCCAAAUCCCCCAACAUGCAGGAGCUGAAGAGGAGGUUCAGACAGGUCCUCUCCUCCAAAGGGAAGUCGUCCACGAGUCUCUGACGACCACGACGACCACGACGACCACGACGACCACGACGACGACCAC